AUGGGCAUUCCACUUCCGAAGCCAGUGAUGACGCAGCUCCAGGAGCGCUACGGCAACGCCAUCUUCCGCUGCGGAUCCAACUGCGUGAAUGGGUACCGUGAGACCAUGGAGGAUGCCCACCUGACGUACUUGACGGAUAGCUGGGGUUUCUUCGGCGUCUUUGAUGGCCAUGUGAACGACCAGUGUUCGCAGUACCUCGAGAAGGCAUGGCGCAGCGCCAUAGAGAACGAGCCGAUACCCAUGACUGAUGAUCGGAUGAAGGAACUGGCACUACGGAUCGACCAGGAGUGGAUGGACUCGGGUCGCGAAGGUGGCAGCACCGGCACCUUUUUCGUAGCCCUCAAGGAGGGCAACAAGGUGCAUCUGCAGGUCGGCAACGUCGGUGACUCGCGUGUGGUGGCCUGCAUCGACGGUGCCUGCGUCCCCCUGACGGAGGACCACAAGCCGAAUAAUGAGGGGGAGCGGCAGCGCAUUGAGAACUGCUCAGGGCGUGUGGAGAACAACCGUGUCGAUGGCAGCCUAGCCGUCAGUCGUGCUUUUGGCGACCGCGAGUACAAGCUAGGUGGUGGUGGUCAGUUGGAGCAGAAGGUGAUCGCCUUAGCCGACGUCCAGCACAGGGAUUUCACCUUUAACUCGGAGGACUUUGUGUUGCUCUGCUGCGACGGUGUCUUUGAGGGCAACUUCCCGAAUGAGGAGGUGGUGGCCUACGUGAAGCAGCAGCUCGAGACCUGCAACGACCUCGCCGAGGUGGCUGGGCGCGUAUGUGAGGAGGCCAUCGAGCGCGGCAGCCGCGACAACAUCUCCUGCAUGAUUGUGCAGUUCAGGAACGGCGUUGACUACGCUGCUGAGCCUCACUCCACCGUCGUACCCGGGCCGUUUAGCGCGCCGCGCAACAGCGGUUUCCGCAAGGCGUACGAGUCAAUGGCAGACAAGGGCAACACGACCGUCGGCGCCCUCCUAGAGAAGCGCUAUGACACCCUCAGGGCCGCUGACGCCCUCACGCCGGAAGAGACGGAGGAGCUGAGCCAGUUUGAGGAUGGCCCAGAUGCGAAGCUGACCGGCGCUGAGCGGCAGAAGUGGUUCUCGAAUUACUUCCAGAAGCUGUGUGAGGCUUCAACGAACGGACCGGGCGACCAGAUGGAGCGCCUGCAGUCGCUGCAGCAGCAGGCCGGGAUUCCGCUCUCGAUUCUGCUCUCCCUGAUGGGGGAGCAGACGCAGUAG